AUGCGUCGUCGAGCUGACAUGGAUAUAGGCAACCACCGAGAUGGGACACAUGAGCGUGCCGCCAGAGACCAUGUCGAACAUGUAUCACUGCCAUCAAGGUGGCGUCCUUCACAUCAGAUGAAACUUCUAGAGGCUACCACUCCGAGUCGUGUAACUCCGGACGAAGAGGAGAACAGUCCGGCUCCAGCCUUUCCCCACCACUGCCCUGCCGUCGUCGGUGCCGCUGCCGCUGCCGCUGCAGUGCCGCCAGCUGAGCUCGACGUCGACAGCGCGCGGGGCAAGCACAUAACACCGAACAGUUUGAGGGAAUCCGGAGCGCAUGCUGUGAUGUUUUCCUAUGAAAUCCCGAGCCGCUCGCUCGUCUCUGCUGAUCUGUCGAAGCCCGACGAAACUGAACCUUGCGCGCCUGCCCUCAUUGUGACCAAGCCUGACCACUCGGCAUCGAGCAAUGUCUGGCAAGAUCACCACAUUUCCAGCCAGCCAAACUUCGGCUUCCCUGUUGCGAAGUUCCCGAUCCGUUUGUCGUCGGCAUAUCAGAUGUACAGUAGCUUCCGAUCGGCGCUUCCGAAGGACGACGGCCCCUCCUUCGAUAUGUGCUCGAAAUGCACGGAGUAUCGAGGUUCCGAGGGUCGCUCCGACUCGAUGCUUCGUAACCUAGCUGUAUGA